UACACAUCAGCCCGAAGCGUGCGGUAGGAAGUUGAAGUUGUUCGCUCGCCGCGGCCUUACAAUCAACCGCACAAUCGUCGCAAAGCGACACGCUCGUACGUGUCCCGUGUAUAAAAAUUAAAUAAACAAACAAAGAAAGGUAGAAAGUCGGAGGAAUUUCCUCUUCGCGUUUAAAUAUAACUCGUUUGAAUUCCCUCGUCAAUUCUCAUCUAUUUGUCGGUUGUGGCAUCCCGCUCGCUGUUAGCGCGAUUCUUUUUUAUCGAAUCAUUCGAUCGGCCCGAGCCUUGAACGAGAACUAACGUGAACGGCUGCUGCUGCUGCUGCUGCUGCUUCCUUGGCGUUUGUUAGAGAUCGAGAAGACGCUGGACGCGAGUUCGAUCUAGAAACAGGGGAGUUCAAGUGGACAAGACGUCCGGGAGCAGGCUAUACUCGGACCUCAACUUCGCAGACCUCAAUUUCCCUUAAACCUCCCCACGAUGGCCGGCAUGAACGAGUGGGGAUACUCAACUGUAGACGGGCCCAGUACGUGGGUGGAGAGAUACCCAAUGGCGGCGGGUUCCAGGCAGAGCCCGGUGAACAUCGAGACCUUCCGUGCAAAAUCCGACCACGAGGCUCUAAGUAGCAAACCGUUGAGUUGGCGCUACCCGGCGACGGCAUCCAAGAAGCUGGUCAACCCGGGAUACUGCUGGCGCAUCGACACCGACGGCGAUGGCACGCUCUUGACCGGAGGACCGCUUAUGGACGACGUCUACAAGCUCGAGCAGUACCAUUGCCACUGGGGAUGCUCCGAUUCCAGAGGAUCCGAGCACACCGUCGACGGGCAAGCUUUUGCUGGCGAGCUCCACCUCGUGCACUGGAACACCACGAAGUACAACACCUUCGCCGAAGCUGCAAAGGCGCCGGAUGGUUUGGCCGUGCUGGGCGUAUUUCUGAAGGUGGGAAAGACCCACGAGGAGAUGGACAAGAUCGCUCGUCUUCUGCCGUACGUCUCUCACCGCGACGAAGUCGUUAAAAUCACGGAAAACAUCGAUCCUAGCAAGCUGUUACCCGCUCGCAGUGGCCGAGCCGGUAGCCAGAGAUGCUUAAACCCUUGCAUGCGUUGGGCAGAUCGAAUCAUUCGGCACGAGAGCAAGUGCAAUUUGCAAGCCGACGACAAUGGGUAUUGGACGUACUUGGGCUCACUGACAACACCACCCUGCAACGAGAGUGUUACUUGGAUAUUGUUCAAGAAGUACAUCGAGGUCUCUCACCAUCAGUUGAACAUCUUCCGUAACCUGAGGAAGUUCACGCGCGACGAAGAAUGUCCCUGUCACGAGAAUCACGGAGCUGUGAUCAACAACUUCCGCCCGCCACUGCCGCUCGGCAAUCGCGUUCUUCGCGAGUGCGGAAGCUUCUAAAAAGGGAAGGAAUCGUGCGCUUGGGCCUCGCUAUUUAUGGAAGAACGGAGAUUUGCAGGUAUAACGCAGAGGAGUAUUUGGGAUGUGUCUUUGCCGGCCAUCGAGGGGAGGAGGGGGGAGGGGUGGGGAGGGGGAGUUAGUUUUUAGGUCAUGUUCAAAUCUCUCGCCUAAAUCAUGCAGAACACGAAGACGUGUAAGAUAUAAAUAACACAAAAGAAGUAAAUAAAAC